AAUACCUAUGUAUACUUUAGGAACGCGUUUAUGUUUGACGUGAAGUCGUGUAGAGAAGAAAUAAUCUCGCAAGUCAACUAAAUUUCAAUAACCAUGGCGGACGAGGAGCUUCCAGCGGGCUGGGAAAAACGUCUCAGUAGAUCUACUGGUCAACAUUAUUAUUUAAAUAUUUAUACUAAACAAAGUCAAUGGGAUAGACCAGACAAACCAGCAGAUCCUUCUGGUAAUGGUAAUGGGGAUGGUUCAGAGGAAGUCCAGUGUUCACAUCUUUUGGUAAAACAUUCAGGAUCUAGACGGCCAUCUUCUUGGCGAGAAGAAAAUAUAACAAGGUCAAAGGAGGAAGCUUUAGAAUUAAUAAAGUCUUACAGAGAACAAAUUGCGUCUGGAAAAGCAACAUUUGCUGAACUGGCUUCAAAGUAUAGUGAUUGUAGUUCAGCUAAACGAGGAGGGGAUUUGGGACCAUUUAGUAGAGGUACUAUGCAGAAACCUUUCGAGCAAGCAGCAUUUGCUUUGAAAGUUGGUGAAUUAUCUUCUCCUGUCCAUACAGAUAGCGGUAUUCAUAUUAUCCAGCGGACUGCAUAAAGCAGCUUACUCCACAAUAUGAUGCAAUGUACUUUGCAGAAAAGUUUCAUAUUAAUUUCAUUAGUCAAAAAGGUGGUUAAGCUAGGUUUUCUUAAUUUUUGUAUGAAAUCUUGCAAUAGAUUUUUCUCUGAAUAUCAGAGUUAAAUCAUUAUUAUGCAGAUAUCAACAGAAUAAUAGAUCCUUCAUUUUUUCUUUUUUAAUUUAAUCUGAUAAAAUUGUAUAUUGAUCAGUCUUCCACUAAUUAAAUAUCUUGCUUAUAUUCUUUUCAAAACAGAUAUUUAUAUCAUGUUAUAUGAUAUAUUUAUGUUUUUUUCGAUUAUAAUAAAUAAUUUUUCUAGAUAUCUUGAAAAGAUAAAAUUUCCAAGUAUCAUAACAGGUCAUUAUUUUUCAUACAAUUAUUGAUACAUAAGAAUUAUUUUUUUUUUUUUUUAAUCAGUUUAAAUUGAUAAAUUUUAUUUAGUAUGCUUAAAAUUCUUUUAAUCUUUGAUUCACUUUAUUAAGAUACAUAUUUCGACAAAUAUAAAUAAUAGUAUCUUUAUUGAUCAAGAAAAUAUUUUACAGUUAUUUUUAAGAAAGAAAGAUUAUACUAAUAUGUAGUAUUUAAAAUCAGCCAACUCUAUUACAUAGGCUUUACUACUGACUUUUGUAUUAAUAUAUGCUUAUUUUUAAGCACAUUGCAAUUUAAAACAUUUGAAUAGAAGAAAUAUAUGCGAAAAUAUAUUGGAAAUUAGUUUCCAACAAUAUAACUUAAAAAAGUGAGAAUUGCAUCACAUUUUAAUGGUGCAGAUACUAUUUAAUGGUUCACAUAAUAGUGGUAAAUUGUUCAUUGAUCUCUGUAUUUAUAAAAUUUUUCUGUUCUCUCUCUCUCUCUUUUUUUUUUUUUUAUAUUAACAAUAAGUUGAAUGUUCUUUAAAAUAAAAUCAGAUGUGCUCAAAACUGAACAAUUCAGUUUUAUUUGUGACAUGUAUCUACACAUAGUCAGUAGUAUGUAUUGAUCCUUAAUUAAUUUUAUUUUCUUAUAUGUAUAGUAAAAUGAAAGUUGAAAAAACAAGAUAGUAUAAGAUAGGAUAAAGAAUUUGUUGAAAACCUAGAUUAUUAAAGUUUUUGAUAUAGUGAAAAGAAUAGGAAGCUCUUUAAUAGAUUGUUUUCUUUAUCUCAUAAAUUUAAUAUAAACCACCUUAUAUCUCUUUUAUAUUACAAUUGUCAAAUUUAUUCAAUUUAUGAUAUUUAGGCGAAUUAAAUAUGUUUCCAUGAAGGUUUAUUUAGGACAUUCUCUUUAUAAUCAAAUAAUAUUAAAAGAUCAGUCAUUUUUUAUAUCAAUUGUUCUUCUUUAGGAAGUAACUCUUCAUUUGUCUAUGCAAUUUUAAAGUCAUAUGAACUUGUCUACGAGUGUAUAAUUAAAGUAGCAUACAAUCAAUAGUAUAUUGUAAUACAAUAAUAAAUUCAUUAGUACUUCUUAAAAGAAUUAAUCAAAGUAAGUAUUAAAUACUACGAUAAAUCUUCUAAAAUUGAAUCAAGAAAACGAUAGAAAUAUGUAAAAAUUCUUUCCUAUUACUUUGGUUAAAGAGUUGGCUGUAUCAGAUUGGGACAAUGAUUGUAUAAUACCUUGUACAUUUAAAUACCUCUUAAAGUUACUUAUACGUUUUGUAUUUUUUUUAGGAAUUAUAGCACAAACAUCUCCUUUGUACACAUCAUCUAUUAAAUGAAUCUAUAGUUAAUGUUACAACACAUUUUUCAACGUAUAUAAAGAGAUCUAGUUCUAUUAUCUUAAUGAUAAUUAUUUAUAAUAACUUAGGAAACAAUAGCAAUAUAUAAAAUGCAUUUACAUGCACAAUAAAAACAUUUUCGCAUUAUUGUAUAUUGUACAAGCAUAUUUAAAUGCAUUUUAAACAGAAUGCUUCUACAAUUUAAGCAAUCAAUGAGGGAUUAUACCGUAAUGCGGACAUCCGAAAAGUGCGGAGGCGUCUAAAUGCAAUAAUUGUAAUGUAUUUAAGUACUUACUUAAAGUAAGCAUUAAAAUAUAUCAGUACGCUUCUGUUCGCAUUAGACAAGUUUGCCGAAUUCGUUUUUUAUAGAUAUGCACAUAAUGUACAUAAAAGUAAUUUUGUUUUUCAACAUCAAAUAUAUAGUCUUCUAAGGUCAUAUGGUCAUCAAUGUACGCGUAUUGCACGUUUAUGUCGAUUAUCAGUAUCGCCCCAUGCUGGAGGAAAUCCGCUACUCAAUGGCUUCCCCACUUGGGAACCCUACACGAAACUUUGUUCUAAUCAUUAUGUAAGCGCGCGUAUGAAAGUCUAUUUGCUCACAUGGGGAGAACUGAAUAUGAUUGACAUAAUGCAAUAAUAAAGAGUGGUACAUUUAUAACAAUCUACAAUGACGUAACAUAGAUAUGAUCUAUUACUAUCAUAUUCUCUUUUAUAUUAAAUCAUUAAAAUGUUUACAUGAAUAUAUUUUCAGUGAUUACGCCGAGCACGGAAUCAUCAUUUUAGCAACGCUUCGAUGAGAAAGUCAUAUAAGUUCAAGAAGUUUUUUUAUUGAUCCAGGGAAACUAUUUUUCAUUAAGUCAUGCAUUAACAAACUGUAACAAUUAGGACGCUUUUUAAAUUUUAUAUAGUCAUCAGUUCGUAUACCUAAGUUUCGCAUGUACGAUAUGUUGGACGCAAGUCUCUUUUGUGACCUUGUAAAAACCAUUGUAAAGGGUCAUUAGUGAUCAGCCGUUGCGCAAGUUCCAGUUUUUCAUUUGGUCGACCCUGGCGUUUAGUUUCCAUAAAUUGGUCACGAUAUCUAAACUCGAUCAAUUUCGAGACACGCGAUAGUUGAAACAAUCUGAUGAGCGACGAUUUUGUUCCUCGAUUAUAAUGAAGAUAACAAUGGUCCACGCUUCAUUUAUUUUAGUUUUCUCGAAAUUCUUGGAAAAUAAUUUCAUUUUUCUCUCUCUAACACUUAUUAAGGAAUUAACAAAUUAACAUCAAUGCUGUAUGGUUUUCAUUUCACGAAGCCUGUGACGCAGCGACCGUGUGAAACGAACACCAUUUAUUCAUGAUAGUUGAAUUAAAAGGAGGAAAUGCGUCAAGUUUUCUCAACGAGUUAGCUUUCAUUCGGUUCUUUUUAAUUAUCGUUCUCUUUACGAUGAUGUACAAACAAACUUUUCGUCGCACGCUUCGUAAUUUUAAUUUCUUGUGAAAAAAUGUAACUUUUAGAUAAGAUAAGAGUGUUUUGCCAGGGUCGUGCCUUACAUUACAAUUUAAAAAAAAAAUGUUCUACAAAUUAUUCAUGUGCUUUUUACAGACGUUUUGCUCACGUAUACAUAGAAGUAAGUCUUUCACGUAAUGCAACACGAAUUUGUAUUAUAAAAGUUUGCUCAUAUAGCAAACCAAGGUCGCAUUUUACACGGAUUUAAUUCAACGUUGUAAAUCAGGGAAGGCUAUUUCUAUUAGCGAUGAACGAUUAGGGAUUAUUAGCAAGUAAAGAUCUAAAUGAAAAGAUAUACGUAUAUGAAGCGUGAAAAAUUAUUGAAUCAAUAGAAUAUUUUUAUCAAUUAUUGAUAACUCAUAUUGACAUGUAUUGUUGAAUUUUGUUGACUAUGUAACAUUUCGUGGAAUUCUAUCUUGACUCGUUGAUGCCUGUUCAUGUAGAUCAGAGUACUGAAGAAAGCAAAGUAUCUACGUCAAUGCAUAA